AUGAUAGGAGGCAAUACUUUAAGCAUUCACAACAAAGCAAAUAGAAAGAAUAAGCAAAAAUUUAUAUUUUAUACUCACUUGAGUAAUGAAUACAAUAAGAACAUUUCAUUUGAGAAGUUAAGUAAGUUAGCAAAGGUAAGAUAUAGAAUUCUUAAAAACAUAGAAUCUAAUAACUUUGAUUUGUGUAAACUUGAAGAUAGAGAACAUGAUAUUGCUACCCAUUUUGCAUUAAAGCUUAUUGCAGUUCAAGCUAAUUGGUCUCGUAAAUGGUUUAUAAACCAAGAAGUAAGACUAUUUUCUUAUAGAAUUCGUUAUAUUGAUUAUAACGAUUUAAUUGAACAGGCUAACAGUAAAUUCUUUCCUUACUAUCACAAUGACAACUUAACUAAAAUUACUAUGAAUGCUUAUUUUGAUCCUGAUAACAAACUACCUACAUCAACUAUAUUUAACUACAAGGAAAUACAUUUUACUAAAUGCAGUGAAGUUUUACCUAACAGGGCAGAUAGAAUAUGUGAUUUAAAUCGUGGGUAUAUUAUCAAAAACUGGAAAUCCCUACCUUCUCUUUUAAUUACCGAAUUUAGAAAUUAUUUAGAUAAAUCUAUGAAUGAUUUGUAUGAAGUAGUUGUUAAUAAUUCAGAUGAAAGACUUGUUAAGAUGAACAGUGAGAUAUUUGCACUUGAUAAUUACACUGAUAAAAAGACCGUUGGGACCAUAUCAAAUAUUGUAAAUUCGCCUAAUUUACCGCUAUGUAUUAAGGAGGUUAUUGAUAAACUUAAUACUGUUAAACAUUUAAAGUAUGAUGAUAGGUUGGUAUUGAUAAGAUUUCUAAAAGAUUUUAAUAUUCCAGUUGAUGAUGUGAUACAAUUUAUGAGAAAUAAAUUACCUACCAUGAAUGAUAAAGAACUGGUUUAUGUAAUAAGACAUUGUUAUGGAUUAGAAGGUAAGAAAAAGAAUUACAAUUGUUUUAAUUGUGUACAACUAUUUAAUUUUAAACAUAAAACGAAUGCAACUGGAUGUCCUUUUAUUAAAAACAAGUCUUACGUUGAAAGAUUUGUUGAUAUUGAAGACUCGGCUGAUUACCAAGGAAACUGUAAAAAACACUUUGCUACUUUAUUAAGAAAAGAAUUAAAAGAAAAUUUAAACAAUUUAGAAUUGAAAAAUGAAGACAUUCAAAUUAGCUCACCAGUUACAUUUUUUAGAAACAUCAAUGAAAUUAUAAAAAAAAAUAAAAAAGUAUAA